AACCAAGUUCUCCCCCUAAGCUCCCGUCCAGAGACUGACAGCCGUCCCGCGAUGCAAGGAGUCGGGCGCGAUCCACAGCCGUGGUCCCAACGGUAAACGUGUACCUGGUUUCUACCUCGGCUGUACCCCAGGGCUUGGCCAGAGCAUUUGCGUCUCUGGGGCUGGGGACCGGAUUCCAGAUCUUGCCGCGGGAAGGCGAGGAGGGACAACGUCGAGGACACAAUGCGCAGCUCCACACUGGCCCAGGGCAGCCAGAGGUUCCACAGCCAGCCGAACGAGGGGCGUUUUCCAACGCUCCACUCGCCCGGCCGGCCGGGCGGUGCGGCCUCUUCCUGCUCUUGGAACCAAUCACCGGCCGCCUGGCAGUGCAGGCAAAGAGCGGUGCUGGAAGCCACGGUCCGUCCAUCCUUCUUGAAGGCAGGAAGGCUCCGCCCCUCAGCCCACCUCUACCCAGUUCCCAUUCCGCCCCGUCCCGCCUAUCUCCUCUCCCACCCCACCUGCAGCGGCCAUUGUGGUUGAGGGCAAGUGGCCGCUGAGGCCAGAGAAGCCAGAUAGGCGCCAUGUUUGGUAUGAUCAAAGAAUGGCGCCCUUAAAGAAUCCAGAGACAACUGGAGCCAGGAUGUCGCCAUAUUUUCUGAAGACACCUUCCGGGUCUCUUAACCCGGCUAUCUAAAUCCAAGCUGCCAUGAAGUGAAUAAACACCGAGGGGUUUUGUUUGUCCCCAUCACACCCCCCCGAAUCCCUAGCAGCCAGUCCCUUGUACCUCGGUGCCCUCGACUGCGUCCGGACGCUAAGGCUGGGCGGGGCCCCGGCCUCCGGAGCCCUUCCUGUGGACGACGAAAGCUGAGGCCGCGCGCGGGGAGGCAGUGGCCUGGGGGACAGGGCGGCCGCUGCUCGGGGCCGGGAGGCCCCAUGGCGCCGCCCCCAGCCCCGCUCCUGGCGCUGAGACCGGGGGAGACCGGGGUUGGUUGUAAGAAGCCUGGGGCCGUGAGCUUCGCGGACGUGGCCGUGUACUUCUCCCCGGAGGAGUGGGGGUGUCUGCGGCCCGCGCAGAGGGCCCUGUACCGGGACGUGAUGCGGGAGACCUACGGCCACCUGGGCGCGCUCGGAUUCCCAGGCCCCAAACCAGCCCUCAUCUCUUGGAUGGAACAGGAGAGUGAGGCUUGGAGUCCCGCCGCCCAGGAUCCUGAGGAGGGGGAAAGCCUGGGAGGAGCUCUGAGAGGAGGCACCCCAAACAAGAAGGAAGAGGCACCAGAGGAAGGGCCAGGAGCCAAGGGACCCAGAAAGACUCCUGGGAAGGAGCCUUCUAAAGAGCUGGUCAAACACAACCCUGACUGGACCGUAAGAAAGGUUUCGGCAAGAGCACAGCAACCCACCAACGCUGCCUGGAACCAGAGCACAGGUGUGCAGCCCUCGGUCCCGGUGCCUGGCGUGGACACUCAGGGCAGCCAGCGGCGUCACGUGUGUGCAGACUGUGGCCGCCGCUUCACCUACCCCUCGCUGCUGGUCAGCCACCGGCGCAUGCACUCAGGGGAGCGGCCCUUCCCCUGCCCCGAGUGUGGCAUGCGCUUCAAGAGGAAGUUUGCUGUGGAAGCCCACCAGUGGAUCCAUCGCUCCUGCUCUGGGGGGCGGCGCGGUCGGAGACCUGGGAUUCGGGCUGUGCCUCGGGCUCCGGUGCGGGGGGACCGGGACCCGCCGGUGCUGUUCCGACACUACCCGGACAUCUUUGAGGAGUGCGGGUGAGCUGCUCCAGCAGGCUGGGGUGGAGCCUGACCUUGGACUGCCUGGGCCCCCCAGGGAGGCUCCUGAGUCAGGGAUUUGGGAACCAGAAAUUCAUCCCUUGGGCUUCCCUCGAGGAUCCCUCAAGUUUUCAAACUUGUAAAAAGAAAAGUGCCUGUAAAGAUUCAAAUAGAUUAAACUUGAUGCUACUCCCCUCUCAGGCUUUCUAAAAAACUGAAGAGGGUAGACUUUUCUCAAAGUGUUCAUCUCAGCAGCACAUGCCACCGAGAUCUUUCUGGGGUCUCAGAAACCAGCCCUUGCUGCUUCUCUACAGCGGAAGCAAAUGCUGAGGGGACUAAGGCCUGGGGAGGCCCCAGGGGGUGGCGAAGCCCUGGCUAAUUGACAGCAGCAGGGAGUCUGGGAAGUGAAGUGGGUGGAAAGAACACAGAUGCACGGAUCUAGUCUCUGCAACUUGUCCCCAGGUACAGCUGGUAAGUCACAUGCCAUCCCUGAGCCUCAGCUCCCUCACCUGUAAAAUAGAGAUUCAUAAUAUCUACCUCAGAGGGUUACUGUGAAGGCUGAAAUUUUAACAAGGUAGUAUGUACAACAUAGUAAUUGUGCAAUAAACAUUUGUGGGAAGAACAAA